CAGGCGAUAGCCAAUCACCGAGCAGGGUUGGCGGUGGGCGUCACCUGAGGUCUCUCCGUCUCGUGUUUGUGCUGCAGACACUCUCGGGAAGGAUCCACUGGUACAGACACAGCGCGGACCCCGGGACCCGGUACAGACACAGCGCGGACCCCGGGACCCGGUACAGACACAGCGCGGACUCUGGUACAUACACCGCCCGGUACACAGCAGCACGGACUCUGGUACAUACACCGCCCGGUACACAGCAGCACGGAGCCCGGUAUACACCCCUCCUGCCCGCAGCAGCCCCGUAUGGCUGCCCCCGCGGUGAGCUCCGUUCACUGGUUCCGGAAGGGGCUGCGGCUGCACGAUAACCCGUCUCUACAGGCCGCCGUGUGGGGGUCGCGCUGUGUGCGCUGCGUCUACAUCCUGGACCCCUGGUUCGCCGCCUCCUCAUCCGGAGGAGUCAAUCGGUGGAGGUUCCUCUUGCAGUCCCUCGAGGAUCUGGAUUGUAGUUUAAGGAAACUGGGUUCUCGGUUGUUCGUAGUGAGAGGACAGCCAGCCGAUGUGUUCCCAAGAUUAUUUAAGGAGUGGGGGGUGAACAGACUCACCUUUGAGUAUGACUCUGAGCCGUUUGGCAAGGAGAGGGACGCUGCCAUCAUGAAGCUUGCCAAAGAAGCUGGCGUGGAGGUCAUUGUGAAGAAUUCGCACACCCUGUACAACUUGGACAAAAUUAUUCAACUGAACGGUAACAGCCCUCCACUAACUUACAAACGAUUCCAAGCCAUCAUCAGCCGCAUGGAGCUGCCGCGUAGACCAGUGCCGAGCGUCACAAGACAGCAGGUGGAAAACUCCCGAGCCGAGAUCAAGAGCACGCACGAUGAGACCUACGGUGUGCCGUCGCUGGAGGAACUCGGCUUCCCAUGUGACAGUCAGGGAGCCGCUGUGUGGCCAGGAGGGGAAACAGAGGCUCUGGCCCGUCUAGACAGACACUUGGAACGGAAGGCUUGGGUGGCAAAUUACGAGCGGCCGCGAAUGAACGCAACGUCUCUGCUGGCGAGCCCUACGGGUCUUAGUCCCUACUUGCGCUUCGGCUGUCUCUCCUGCCGACUCUUUUAUUAUCGACUACGAGAGCUGUAUCAGAAGGUUAAGAAGAACAGUCCUCCGCCGCUGUCCCUGUAUGGUCAGCUCCUGUGGCGAGAGUUCUUCUACACAGCCGCCACCAACAACCCCAAAUUUGACCAAAUGGAGGGAAAUCCAAUCUGCGUGCAGAUCCCCUGGGACCGCAAUUCCGCGGCGCUCGCUAAGUGGGCUGAAGGGAAGACUGGCUUCCCAUGGAUUGACGCCAUCAUGACGCAGCUGAGGCAGGAAGGCUGGAUACAUCACUUGGCGAGACACGCAGUCGCCUGCUUCCUGACACGGGGAGAUCUCUGGAACAGCUGGGAGUGUGGGGUAAAGGUCUUUGAUGAGCUGCUGCUGGACGCAGACUUCAGUGUAAACGCCGGCAGUUGGAUGUGGCUCUCGUGCAGCGCCUUCUUUCAGCAGUUUUUCCAUUGUUACUGUCCUGUGGGCUUUGGGAAACGGACAGACCCCAGCGGAGACUACGUCAGGAGAUACCUGCCCAUGCUGAAGGGCUUCUCAUCCCGUUAUAUAUAUGAGCCGUGGAAUGCCCCCGAGUCUGUGCAGAAAGAAGCCAAGUGUAUUAUAGGCAUCAACUACCCGAAACCUAUUGUGAAUCACGCAGAAGCCAGCAGACUCAACAUAGAGCGUAUGAAACAGACGUAUCAGCAGCUGUCCCGCUACAGAGGCCUCUGUAUUCUGGCCUCUGUACCCUCUUGUGUGGAAGAUCUGAGUGGGUCCGUGGCUGAUCCUUAUUCCUCUCAACAAAUCUCUGAUCCAGCUCCUAAGCUGUCCCGGUGCGUUCCCGGCUCCCCUAAGCGUAAGCACGAAGAGUCUGACGAGGAGUCAUGUAAGCGAGUCAAGCUGCAGGGUGUGGCAGUAAUAACUGCUAACGGUUUCUGAGUACAGAGUCUGCAUCUGGCGCCCCUCGCCCAGACAGUGCAUGCUGCAUAUUACAGAAGAUGGUGUUCUAGAGUACACUUGCCCAGUCUAAGGUUCCUGAAUGGUGUUACUGGGUCGGCAAUAAAUCGGCUGAAUGUUGAAACUUGUGAAUAAGCGAUGACUGAACAAGCCUACAGGCAAGAGAAGGAUUUGUGAAUCAUCAUGUAUAGAAGCUUAUAGAAAUGUUCCUCCUCUCACCUCAGCCGUAACUGGCAUCGCAACGUACCAUGGAAGGCCACAUCAGUCUCCACUAUAGGGAAUUGCAGUGCACGCACUCAUUUAAGGUCCAAAUACAUAGGGUCCAAUCAUAUUAGGUUUGCGUUUGCAUCAUGGGACUUGAGAAAUGCAAUGCGAUGCUGCGCAACUUAUGUACAAAAAGCGACAUGGGAAAAGACAUGAAAGUGGGGUAACCAUCCUGGACCUCAAAAAAAGUGGAAACUGAUAACAGGACAGUAUGGCAGGCUGUUGGUGGCCACAAAGAAAGCUCUGGGGGGUUUUAAUGUGUGUCAAAUGGAUGAUAUUUCUUAUUUAUAGUGGAAAAUUAUAACCAGCAAGUGUUUUACAGCAAAUUAAAGUCUCUCUAGACAUUUUUCUGUACCCAAGAAUACUGUAACGUGAUUCCUCAGUGCUUUUAUACAAGUUUGUGCAGUGCUGGAAUAAACACUUUUUUAGCUCUCAUCUACAAGUUCGGAAAUGUAGUUCCCAUCAAUACAACAACCAACUUGAAUGUUCCGAUAUCACUGCACCUCCACGUACCUGGCCCACAUCACCUAAGACUUUAUUGAGCGUUUUAGAGAAAAUCUGAAAGCUGGACAAAUUAUGCUAUUUAAACCCCCUCCAACUGCAUGAUUAGUUCUGCACGGUGUCCCAGCGUUUUUACCUUAGAAUAAAGAUUUUCCCUACGUUAUCACCUGCUCAGGGGGCGCGCACAAAAAACAAAAAUCAAACGUGAAUUUGCACGGAAUAUGCGAUGCGAGUUUGGAAUUGGACCGUAAAUAAAAUUUGUGGCGCGUUUUUGCAGUGAGAAUGGCACCUCUCGCCAAGUUGGAUUGACCGUGGAUGGCAGUGGUGAGACUAAGCUAUGGACUGGAGGGUAAGUUUGGGCGGUGAGGCACUAGCUGAAAUAGUCAAUGUACCCAUCAACUACAACAGUGAGUACCCACAACAGGUCAUGUUUUCAGUUUUUCCUAAAUCAUUCCUGGCGGAGUAGAACUGCUUGGUCAAUUGAUUAUCCCACUGUUGCUGCAGACAGAAAUCCUGAAAACAUGAACUACACAAAAUAAAUUAUAUGAAGUAUUACAGCAUUAUGUGGAGCUCCGGGAUCCAUUAAUCUGUUGAAUAUUGGUUCAGUAGAGGAAUCUGUGUAAAACAAUACAUAUAAAAUCUGCCCUGUAUUUGUUUACAUAGAACAUUCAUUUAUGGGGUUAUAUCACUGCCUACUUUUUUAAACCAAUGGCGUCAAAGAUAUUGGAGCUGACUGUUGCAUUGGGGUGGGUUGUGUCCUUUCAUGAAUAUUGAUGGGGGGGGCGUGGCAUCAACAUAUUUGUAGUAUGGCUGCCCCUCUAUUGCAAGCCUGUGACAGUACAUAGAGCCAUUCUACUGGUAACUAUAGAGAAGUGGCUGUGUUGCUGAUAGCAACCAAAGAUCAUUCUUAUUUUUUUUUUAUUUUCUAAACUAUGCUAGAAAAACAUCUCUUCUGCUUACCUGUAAAACAGUUUUCUUAAAUGCAACCUAUUGUUUAAUUGCAUCAUUUUAAAAAUCAUUUAACGUCGCCACUUAUUUCACGGAGCCGAACUUGCGUUGUGCUUUUUAGAAUUGGCAUUUAUGUAGCUGUCUUUCCUCCACAUAUACGUAUCGAUGAGGAGUUAUCCGUUACCAGCCAAACCUCUCGCUGUCAUCUGCCGCUCAUAGCAAAGUAUGUAGGUGAGCUCCAAAAAAGUAUUUUUGCCUUUGUUAAAGCGUAGUCCUAACCAUCAGCCUGGAACUGUCGUUAUGUACUGUAUGCAGGAAUAGUCCCAGUAGGUAAAAGGGAGUGGCUACGGGUGACUUGGGUGUGGCCAGGUCGUUUGCAUACGUCACCUGUUUUGUCAAGCCGGCCUAAUUUUUAAAGGGAACGUGCAUUCUAAAAUAAAGAAAUUAAAGUUCUAUGCAACGUAUUCGUUUUGACUCAUCCCCUUAAUUCAUGGUCCCUGCAACACUGUAUUCUGCCUAUAUACAGAUGGAGCCAAGCUCAUCUAGGCUUCUCUGCUGUGCCUAGGUGCACCAAGGUUUAUUAGCAUAAGCCUUUAAUCUAUUGUUCUCAGCUGCAAUACAAUACAGAGAGAACAAUACAGCAGGGGAUUAAGUCCGACUGCCCUGGCUCAAUUAAUCCUGUUAAAGGCAUAGAUGAGAAGGGCUCCAGCUGUAUAUUUACAUCUAGACUUCCUGUGUUUGUGCACGUCUGGGAGGGGCUUGGCGGAGACACGACUAUUGCAGCAGCGGAGGGGUUAAUAUUAGGUACUAUAGCAGCAGAGGGAGGCUGAGGUGAGGUCAGUAAUUUUGCCUUUGUGUAAAUUCUACACGCUGUAUGUAAAUACGAUGCUGUUUGUAUGAUAAAUGGAUUUUAAGCAGC